GUGUUUUCGUAUGGGAAAGCGCUAGAGUUGUGGUCUUACGUCUAUGGAAAGCUUGGGUUAGGGUUGCCGGCGAGGAGUUUCUUUAAAAAUAACUGUGAAUGCCCGGCGUCUAUUGCCGGGCCAAGCCAAACGGUCAAAAUUUAACCGCACAGGUUAAAUUUGUCAAUCAACUUAAAUACAGUCGACUCUCGUCUCCUUUCCAUUCAACGAACAACAUGUUUAACCCAAAAAUAGCAAUUAUAGGAGCUGGCCCUGCCGGUCUCACACUGGCCCGCCUUCUGGAAUACAACAACAUGUCGUGUAAAAUAUUUGAACUGGACGCUGAUCGCAAUAACCGAGAUCAAGGAGGUACAUUGGAUCUCCACGUCAAAACUGGUCAACUAGCACUUCGUGAGGCAGGAUUGAUAGAGGAAUUCAACAAACUAGCAAGACCCGAAGGAGAAGGAAUGAAAGUGAUUAAGUUCGAUGGAACCGUACUUUAUGAUGAUGGCCACAUUGAAACGAAUAUGUCGCCGGAAAGAUCCUGGGAAAAACCGGAAAUAGACCGUGUGCUGCUACGAAAUAUGCUACUGGACUCAGUCAAGCCUGAGACCAUCUCUUGGAACAAGAAGCUCCUUCGGAUUGAACCUUCAAGCGUUGACUCUAAACAGCGCUUCGACUUGUACUUCGCAGAUGGAACUGUGGAGAAGGAAUUCGAUCUUGUGGUUGGAGCUGACGGAGCGUGGUCAAAAAUUCGACCUUUGCUCACAAACGAGUGGCCAUUCUAUGCCGGUGUCACGGCCGUGGAACUUUGGGCAUUGGACGUUCAGGAGCGUCAUCCCUGGCUUGCGGAUUACGUUGGCAGUGGUAGCUGUUUUAUGUUUGACGAAGGCCGUGCACUACUGUGUCAGCGCAAUGGUAACAACAGCAUUCGUGCCUACGCCGGUGUUCGUCAACCGGAGUCUUGGACUAAGGAUUGUGGAAUCGACUGGUCGCAACCUGCCAUUGCCCGGAAGGAGCUUAUUGACCGGUAUUUUGCUGACUGCGGAGAGGACGUGAAACGGAUCAUACAAGAAGCGAGCGAUGAGCUGAAAGUACGACAAUCGUAUAUGCUUCCUGUCGGCGUGGAAUGGCAAUCUCGUCCUGGAGUGACUUUGAUCGGUGAUGCCGCACAUUUGAUGACUCCAUUUGGUGGUGUUGGCGUGAACAUCGCAAUGGCAGAUGCACUUGAUCUGGCCCAGAAUAUUUUAAUCUGCCGCGACACUUGUAAUUCAAAAUCGUAUGAAAGCUUUGAUGAUGCUCUGGCAGACGCAAUCCAAAAAUUUGAGGCUUCUAUGUUUGCAAGAGCAAAACCAAAUGCACUGAGAUCAGAACAUGGUUUACAUGGACAUUUUAGUGCUGGUGGAGCAGAAGAAUUUGCCGAGAGAUUACGCCGAAUGAAGAAUACCACCAACAGUUCCAACUGAUCAAAGUUUUAGCUGUAAGGUACCUUCUAAAUCAAAUUAUUAGUUCUACGUGCACGGUAGCCAUUAAGACUUCUGUUCUUUUUUUGUGUGAAAUAAAAAUGCUCAGAAAUUAUAUAGCAGUUCAAAAGUAACCCGGUACGAAGAAAAGGUACAAAGUCUGUUU